UACAAAUUGACGUCACGACUGAACAUCCGGCAGCUAUAAAGAGUCGAAAGUUUAAUUCCCUCACAGAUGCAACGGUGGUAGUUAGUUCUUUAGCCGUCUGUAAACAAAAUAUAUCACAAUGUCUGCAUGUGCAUUGAGAGCGUUUCUCCAGCGAGCGGCUGUCAUGCGUCAAGCGGCUCAACAAACGAGAGCGUUUCCUCAAUGCGUGACCGGGAGCUACACACACAGAAGAGGAAUAAACACAACAAAUUCACUUAGGGCCGAGGAGAAGGUGACAGUUCACUUUUUGAAUCGAGAUGGAAAAAGGAUUACGGUGAAAGCUUUAACUGGAGAAUCACUACUCGAUGUUGUUGUUAACCAUGAUCUAGAUAUUGAUGGAUUUGGUGCAUGUGAGGGAACUUUGGCCUGCUCUACGUGCCACCUUAUUUUCGAGGAGGCUGUUUAUAAGAAGCUUGGAGCGGUUUCUGAUGAAGAAAUGGACAUGCUGGACUUGGCUUAUGGGCUUACAGACACAUCUCGUCUGGGCUGUCAGGUGUGUUUGAGGAAGGAUCUGGAUGGGAUGAUUCUGCGUGUGCCAGACAUGAUAUCUGAUGCUCGCGUUGACAGUGAAAAAGAGUCCUCCACAGCCCCACCCAAAGUAUAAUCUAUAAAAUAAAGCCCAGCUGUGUCUCAUAAACACUGCAUUAUGGCGAUAUCUUUAAUAACAGGUAUUUUAAUAUGUACUAUUUUAAUAGAAAACUCAAUUUAAAUGAUAACAUUUAUCGUUUAAUAUUAUUUACAUGCUGCCAUAAGUAGUUUUUAUAAUUUUGGUGAUUGUAACUUUUUAAUUGUGCAGAUUCUGCCAUUCUUUGUGUCACAGUGAGAGGUGGGAGCGUCUUGUUAUACAUUUUGAAUGCAGAAAUAACUGUAACUGAUUUAUUGCAAUAAAUAUGAUGGUUAACUUUUUAA